CGGAGUCUUAUGCAUGAGGUUCUUUCGUGAAAGUCAUAAUCUUGCCCGGAUUUACUAGUCAUCGAGAUCUGGAAGAAGUAUAAAAAGGGCCUGCUACCCUAACAAAGGGUUUGAAAAAGAUAAACAGAUCUUGAGUCUACUAGCCAACCUCUUCUAAAGAAAGGCUCCUUUAAAUUACUCUUUUGAACUAUGGCAGCUUGGCCUACCACUUACUGGAAAGACUUUUCCUCCACGUGUCAUGCUAUUGACCUGGGUCCAAAAGGUAGUCUAACAGCCACAUGCUCUGCCCUAAAUGGAACCCAAUUUGAGAGUAGACUGGAACUUUCACAAUGUUAUGUCAAUCGAGACGGCAAUCUCAGCCCCUUGAAAAGUGGUGAUGCAUUCGCCGACUGUGGAGGAUGCCUGUCCUGGCUAGAUCCCAAUGUCUCGAACCAUGAAAUGAGUACAGCAUGUCCUGGAAGUGGAAAGGUCUAUAUCACAUAUACUGAUCUAGACACCACUAUUUAUAAUCGUAAUGGGCUUCUAGGCUGUUUUGGAGUUGAAUCCCAGACAAUCUUGGGUGAUGUUCAGACUAUAAAAAAAAUUGGAAACAUGUCGAAAUCAGUUAGCAACAUGGCAAGUUCCACAAAGAGCAAACCCACCAAUAGCUCAUAGAGUGAUACCUAGGGGUCAAGUCUGGUAUUCGGAUCUUAUUGCAGAAUAUAUACAGUAUUCACAUUAGUAACUGUUUAUUUACAUGGGUAUUCUCUUGAUCUAAGUGAUAUAGCAAUUGAUCUAACGAUUCUUGCUUUAUUGGAUUUUCUUCUCACUCUAUUAUGUUCUAAAGUUUACCUUUAGUGAUUCAC